AUGAUUGGAGCCAAUGGCCUCGUCAUCGAACUGGAUCCCGGAAAAAUUUUUGAGACUGGACACAAGGUCACAAGGCUUUACACGUCUAUUCAAGGUAUUUUAGAGCAACGCAUAAAAAACCUGAUUCUUCCCCCCACAACCACCUGUGGGGAAGACUUUGAUAUGUUGAUUACCUCAAAUGUGAAGCCGUGGAUAUUCGCGGACACAACAAGAGCACGAAAACAGUUCUCUACACAGGAGGAUAAAUACCAGGGUGAUCUUCUUGUUAAUUACAUUCCAGUCGCGUCAAAAACUCCUUACUUCAAACAAAAGCCAGUUGCGAGUAAUGAAUACAGACAGAGUGGAUGGAUUGUUGACCCGUUUUAUGAAGAUUCACUUGCCCUGGUCUCAUCCAUUCACUCAGUAACCUUCAGUCGAUCCACAGUGGAAGAACCAGCCAUUCGUUCUUCAUUUACGAAAGCACUGCAUUCCGAUACAUACUGGCUGCCUACAAGGAAGGUGACUGUCCAAGGAACACUGCUUUGCAGCGUCUACACCCGGUUGGAGGGCGUUGGCGUUGGAUCUCCAAGAUUUCAUGUCGUCCGCAAAAGUGGACACGGACUGUUCACCAGAAAAAAUCGUGACUCCUGCCUUAUUUUACUAAAAUUUCGAUUCAAAAAAUACCGUGACCUUCCACCUACUCCGCAUCUUUCGCUGGAUAUGGCUUCCCCAAGUUGGGUCGUUGUGGCGACCUAA